CUGUGACUAACAUGGAUCAUGUGGUCCAGCCUGGUCCGGGCUCUCAUGUUAAUAAACUGUGGAACCGCAGCGUUGACAAAGAGGAUCCGGAGCCGAUCUUUGCCCCAAAAAUGGCCUCACUGCGGUUGCCCCCGAUGAAGAUCACAAAACGUGGUGUUUUACCUCUUCUAGCACCGCCGAUCCGAGAGGAGGAUAAGGACCCGGUGUAUAAAUACUUGGAGAGUUUUAUGACUUGUGCACGUGUGAGAGAGUUCAACAGCAAGCCUCCGCCUAAGCUCACCAUUGAGCCCAAAAUCUUAAAUCCUUCUAAGCCAGCCGCUGAUAACACGCCGAAAAUGUACUACAGAAGUCUUCUGACUGGUAAAAAAGCAGCAGAAAGAGCCUCUCAGGGGACGACGUCCAGUGAAAAAGAAGCGAAAAAGCAAAUCGAGAUCCAGUCAGCGUGUCAGUGGGACGGGGACCGCAAAAAAGUCCUGGAGGCUUUAUUGCGGCGCAUGAAACAGAACAAGCUGUGUCGGCGCUUCUACGUAGGACCUUACCGCGUCUGCCCGAUCGCAAAGAUCUUCAUGCAGAAGCCCAGCGGCUCCAUCGUCACCUACAGG